CUAAUUGGAGUGCAUAUAUAUUAGUAGUACCAACAAAGCUGGAAGAGAGAUUUUUUUGAAUACUUGGAUUGUACACAUGGAGAAUUUAGUAUGUGAAAAAGGUGAAAUGGUUGAAGAGCCAUUGUUGUUGGUGGAGAUGGAUGAUGAUGAUCAAGAAACUCAAAAGGGUGGCUGCAGAACUUUGCCUUUCAUCCUUGGAAGUACGGCUUUGAUGAAUGCGGCGUUGUCUGCUCUUACUCCUAAUAUGAUCCUGUAUUUGAUGAAUGAGUAUCACAUGGAUAUGACUACUGGGUCCAAUAUUAUGUUCAUCUGGUCAGCAGCUACCAAUUUCUCUCCAGUUGUUGCGGCCUUUAUGGCGGAUGCUUUUGUGGGUCGGUUCCAGAUGAUAGGAUUGGGAUCUGUUGUUACCCUCGUGGGGAUGUUUCUGUUUUGGCUGACAUCAGUGAUUCCGCAAGCAAGGCCCCCACCCUGUGUCAGUUCCAACAGCAUUUGCAGAUCAGCAGAUAUGUUACAAUUCUUCUUCCUGUGUUUCUCUUUGGGGAUCACUGCCAUUGGAGAUGGUGCAAUCAAAUCCUCAUCUUUAGCAUUUGGUUCUGAUCAGUUGACACGGGAAGUUUAUCAUGGAAAUGCGCGUGCAAUGGAGAGAUACUUCAGCUGGUACUAUGCCUUGUAUGCUUUGUCUCUCCUUGUUGCUCUCAUGUGUCUUGUUUAUAUCCAAGUCAACAUGGGCUGGGAUUUAGGUUUUGGAGCUCCCGUUUUGCUGAUGUUGUUUUCAACUGUUUUAAUUUAUUUGGGUACUCCAUUCUACGUGAAGCUGAAGCCUAAAUCGAGUUUAAUCACUGGCCUUUUUCAAGUGAUUGUAGCUUCUUAUAGAAAUAGAUGUCUCGGAUCGUCGUCAGAAAGUGCAGAUAUACUAUACCAUCAGAAAAGAGGGUCAGCCAUAGUUCUUCCAAGUGAAAAACUGAGGUUUCUGAAUAAAGCUUGCAUUGCACAAGAUCCUCAACUAGAUUUGAGCCCAGAUGGAGAAGCAACAGAUCCUUGGCGUCUUUGCACCGUAGAUCAAGUCGAGGAGCUGAAAGCAUUGCUCAAAGUUUUUCCAAUCUGGUUGACGGCAGUAGUAUUUUCCAUAAAUUUAAGCCAGAACUCUUUUCCAGUACUUCAAGCGACUACCAUGGAUCGACAUAUUGGUUCAAGCUUUGAAAUCCCCGCGGGUUCCUUUGGCCUCUUUGGUGUUAUCUCUGCUAUACUUUGGCUUGUCCUCUAUGAUUGUUUGAUUCUUCCCAUAGCAUCAAAAUUGUCUGGAAAACCUACUCAUUUCAGCACAAAAGAGAGAAUGGGGUUUGGUUUAUUUCUCUCCUUCCUGUCAGUCUUAGUGGUAGCAGCUGUAGAAGGUGUCCGGAGAAGUGUCGCAAUCAAGGAGGGGUACUCUGAUGAUCCACAAGGCGUGAUACCUAUGUCAGCAAUUUGGCUACUUCCCCAGAAUUGCCUUACUGGCGUAGCAGUGGCCGUGCACGCCAUCGGCCAAAACGAAUUUUAUAUAUCAGAAUUUCCUAGAAGCAUGUCAAGUGUAGCUUCUGCUCUACUAGGAGUUAGUUCAGGAGUGGGAAGCUUACUAGCUAGCUUUGUAAUGAGUACUAUCGACAACUUGACCAAACGAGGAGGGGCAGAAAGUUGGGUAUCGAGCAAUGUAAACAAGGGCCAUUACGACUACUAUUAUCUGGUUCUUGCAGGAUUUAGUCUAGUUAACAUACUGUGUUAUGUUGUUUGCUGUAGAGCUUAUGGUCCCUGUAAAGGAGAGGUGAAGGAAGAGGAGAAGUCAUGAAUUGGUACAACAACUUAUUGUUAAUAUUUAUCAUGUCAAUUUGUAUAAUUUUCUGUUGA